AUGGAUUGCCAAAUCCCUGUGUGCCUCGUUGGCUUUUGUUUUCUUUCAUCCUUUUUAUUGGCUUCGGCUUCCUCCGCAGUCAAACAACCUUAUGUAGUCUAUAUGGGAGCACACAACCAUGGAGAAUAUGACCACAUGGACGAUGUUGGCAUAGAGGUUAAGAAUUCUCAUCGCCAAUUUCUCUCGUCUUUUCUCUCUAGUAAAGAGAAUGCUGACGAUGGUAUCAUUAACUCGUACACAAAACAUAUCAAUGGUUUCACAGCCUUACUGGACGAAAACCAAGCAGCAAAAGUUGCAAAAUAUCCAAAGGUUGUAUCUGUUUUCUUAAACAAAGCAAGACCUUUGCACACUACACAUUCAUGGGAUUUCAUGAAUCUUGAGAAAGUGGAUAAUGACAUUCAAGUCGCUGUUGAUUCUAAUUCUCUAUGGCGUAAAGCAAAAUAUGGCGAAGAUGUCAUCAUCGCAAAUAUAGACACAGGAGUUUGGCCUGAGUCAAAGAGUUUCUCAGACGAUGGUUAUGGUCCUAUUCCGUCACGUUGGAAGGGAUUUUGUCAAAAUAAUACUAGCGUCGGAGUUCCAUGUAACAAGAAACUCAUUGGGGCGAGGUACUUCAACAAAGCUUACAAAUCGGACAAACAUAGUUUGCCCCCAUCAAUGAUCUCCGCCCGCGAUUUUCAUGGUCAUGGUUCCCAUACUCUCUCAACCGCAGGGGGAAACUUUGUCCAGAACGCAAGUAUCUUUGGAGUGGGUAAUGGCACCGCGAAGGGCGGCUCCCCAAGGGCUCGAGUGGCUUCCUAUAAGGUGUGUUGGCCUAUGACGACAAACGAAUCAGAAAAUGGCCCCAUGUGCAACGACGGAGACAUCUUGGAGGCAAUGGAUGCAGCCAUACACGACGGCGUAGAUGUCAUCUCCAUCUCGGCCGGUGGAAAGGAGAUCGACCACAUGACAAAUGCUAUUAGUAUUGGCGGUUUUCACGCUGUGAAGAAAGGUAUAGUAGUGGUUGUAACUGCAGGUAACAAAGGGGCCAAGGGUAAUUGGACCGUUCAGAACCUUUCUCCGUGGCUAUUUACGGUCGCAGCCAGCUCUACUGAUCGCCAAUUCCAAGCUAUAAUUAAACUCGGCAAUGGACAAACCUUCGUGGGAGCAAGUGUGAGCAAGUCUUUACCGAAAGAUGACAUGUACCCGAUUAUUUCAGCAGCGGAUGCCGCUGCUAAGGAUGUCUCUCCUUCGGACGCUUUGCUGUGUAAGGAUGAGAGCUUAGACCCAAAGAAGGUGAAGGGUAAAUUGUUGGUCUGCCUCAAUGAUAAGAGUUCAAUAUCAAUAGAAAAGGGCUUUGUGGCUGCUGAAGUUGGAGCCGUUGGUAUGAUUCUUUGUAAUGAUAAAUCCAUUGGGAAUCGUAUUAGAGAGGACCCUCAUUUUCUACCAACUUCAAAUGUUAACUACACUGAUGGUCUUGCGAUUUUUGAAUAUAUCAAAUCCAACAAAAACCCUACCGGACAUAUAUCAGCAACAAAGGUAAAACUUGACGUGGAACCUUCUCCAUCCAUGGCUUUUUUCUCCUCCAAGGGUCCCAACAAAUUAACACCCGGAAUUCUCAAGCCUGACAUAACAGCUCCGGGAGUGGGCAUCAUAGCAGCCCAUACCGGAUCGAAGAGCGCAAGUGGGGAAGAAUUUGACAAACGGACGACUGAAUACAUCAUGAAAUCUGGUACUUCUAUGGCGUGUCCUCAUGUUUCUGGAGUAAUCGGACUUCUUAGGAAGCUUCAUCCUGAUUGGAGCCCAGCCGCCAUUAAAUCUGCUCUUAUGACAACAGCUACGACAAGAGACAAUACGGGCAAGUCCAUGCUCGAUGCAGACUUAAAAACGGCGACGCCUUUCCACUAUGGAGCUGGGCACAUACGUCCAAACCGCGCCAAUGAUCCUGGCUUGGUUUAUGACUUGAGCAUCGUUGACCAUUUGAACUUCCUUUGCGCGCAUGGAUACAAUGAAACCCUAGUUCGUCAUUUCUCCGGAAUUUCUGAUCACACAUGUUCUAAGAAUGCAAGCCUUCUUGACUAUAACUACCCUUCAAUUACCAUUCCCGACUUGUCCAAACCGGUCAUCGUAACACGGACUCUCAAGAAUGUCGGUCAACCAGGAACUUAUGUGGCCCGGGUUCGUACACCGCAUGGAAUAUCGGUGAGUGUGAAUCCGUCUGCUCUUAAUUUCUCGAGGAUUGGAGAAGAAAAGAAGUUUAAGAUGAAGAUUGAGAAAGAGGAGGGUGUUAAGAUAACCAUGGAGUUUGUGCAUGGAGAGCUUUUGUGGUUUGACAAACAUGAUCACAAGGUGAGGAGUCCACUAGUUUUCGGAUUUGGCCUUAAACCCCCAUCACCAAGAGAUGAAGAUUAAUUU